AUGGCAUCUACAGAACUUGGCCUAAAGAGAACUUUAACGGAUAUUUUGGAGGACGAGUUGUACCAUACUAACCCGGUACAUAAUCAAUUCGCAGGCCAUUAUCAAAACUAUCAUCCAAAUGCCAGCAUUACUCCGUAUAAGUUGGUGAACAACAAUAAAGAAAAUAACAGUUUUACGUGGAGUCACUCUCCUUAUCAACAGAAUGAAUCCAGUGUGGCCUCUAUACCUCCACAACAAACUUACCAUUUCCCAAUAUUUAAUAAAUACGCAGAUCCUACUUUGACAACCACCACCACUUUUACAAAUGGAGACACAACUGCAAACGAUAGACAGAUUAGUAACGUUCACCUCAUACCAAAUGAAAUUAAGAAUGUCAACGAAACCCCACUACAGAAAACCGUUAAUUUGAAAAAUAUAAUGAAAGUAUCGGAUCCCUAUGUACCGACAAGAAAUACUUUUAAUUACGACGUUAAGAUUUCUAAUGAUUUUUUUGACAACGGUGAUAAUCUAUAUGGUAAUGACGAAGAAGUACUCUUCUAUGAAGAUAAUUAUAAUCCAAAGAUGCAGUGGUCUCUCCAAGAUAAUACCACCGCAAUAAAUAAUGAUGACGCAAGAGCUAUUUUUAACAAUGAAUUUGACUCCGAUGAUGAUGAUAUUAGUGAUGAUGAGGAGGAUGACAUUGAAGAAGGAGAAGAAGAAGAAAAGGAUGAUACUGUAGAAAAGGAAUAUCGUUUCCAACAAAGUCAACAGCAGGAGGAACCUCUACUACCUUUGGAUUCUACUCCAAUUACAAUAUUUGGUUCUGAUCAAAAAACCGGUCGAGCUAGGAGUACUGGUCAUCUAUUUAAUGAGUACAGCUAUGUUGACUCUAAUAUAGAUAACAUGACCAAUAUUGUGUCUGAAAAUUUGUUGGACGAACAAGAACAUGGCAAUGAAGGGGAAGAUGAAGACGAAGGGGAAGAUGACAAUGACCUUCUUGAGGGAGACGAUAUAUAUGAUAUAUCUCUUUUAAAGAAUAGAAGAAAGCAAAGCUUCGUUCUAAACAAGAAUACUAUUGAUUUUGAAAGAUUUCCAUCCCCAUCAACCUCGGAAAAUAUACCGUCUACUACUGUUACCAGCAAAAGAAAACCAACAAAGUCGUCUAAUAAUCGUAAUGGCGUUAACAGUAAUAGUGAGAACGCUACAUUAGAAAAAAUAAAAAAGCCGACACCGGCUGUAUCGGGCUCCCACACAAGCAGACGGAAACUAAUCAACUACACUAAGAAGCACCUAUCUUCUCAGUCCUUAUCUUCCAGUUCGAACUUAAAAACCUCGACAACGUCACCCUCGGUGCAUACGACAUCUUCGGAUACUAAUAAUGAAAUAUACACUUGCCAGAUAAUGAAUCUCAUUACUAACGAACCAUGUGGCGCCCAGUUUUCAAGAUCUUAUGAUUUAACAAGACACCAGAACACUAUUCAUGCUAAAAGAAAGAUCGUUUUCCGUUGUUCCGAGUGUAUAAAAAUUCUUGGGUCCGAGGGCUAUCAGAAGACAUUCUCGAGGCUGGAUGCUUUGACAAGGCAUAUAAAAUCAAAGCAUGAAGAUUUAUCAAUCGAAGAACGCCAAGAAGUUACAAAAUUUGCAAAAGCCAACAUUGGUUAUGUCAUGGGUUAA